CUGCUGCAGACGGAGCGGCAGUUCGCCCGCGUCGCCUGCAUCAGGGCCGAGUUCUACAUGAAGAACGGCAUCGUCUGGAGCGUGGAGGAGGGAUACGGGCCCGUGACGGAGCGGCAGUUCGCCCGCGUCGCCUGCAUCAGGGCCGAGUUCUACAUGAAGAACGGCAUCGUCUGGAGCGUGGAGGAGGGAUACGGGCCCGUGGUUCCCAUCUGA